ACAUAAUAAUAUGAAUGGUUACACCAAAGGAGCCCGAAAUGAAUUAUUUGCUCUGAGACCAGCACCUAUUCAGGCAAUGUGGCUAGGCUAUCCUGGAACCAGUGGGGCAUUAUUCAUGGAUUAUAUCAUCACAGAUAAAGAAACUUCUCCAGUUGAGGUGGCUGAGCAGUAUUCAGAGAAAUUGGCGUACAUGCCAAACACUUUCUUUAUUGGAGACCACGCCAACAUGUUCCCCCAUCUGAAGAAAAAAGCAGUCAUUGAUUUCAAGUCCAAUGGUCAUAUUUAUGAUAACAGAAUUGUUUUGAAUGGCAUUGACUUGAAGGCUUUCCUUGACAGCCUCCCUGAUGUCAAGAUUGUUAAGAUGAAGUCUCCUGACAGUUGUGACAACGCAGACAGCAGUGCUGCUCUCAGUAUGCCAGUCAUUCCUAUGAACACAAUUGCAGAAGCUGUGAUUGAGAUGAUUAAUCGUGGGCAAAUUCAGAUAACUAUCAAUGGAUUCAACAUCAGUAAUGGACUAGCAACUACUCAGAUUAACAACAAAGCAGCCACUGGUGAAGAAGUUCCGCGCACUAUAAUUGUUACUACCUGUUCUCAGUAUGGCUUACCAGAGGAUGCUGUUGUAUACUGUAACUUUAAUCAGUUGUAUAAGAUUGAUCCUUCCACUUUACAGAUGUGGGCUAAUAUCCUAAAAAGAGUUCCAAACAGCGUGCUGUGGCUGCUGCGCUUCCCAGCUGUAGGAGAACCCAAUAUUCAGCAGUACGCACAAAACUUGGGUCUUUCCCAAAACAGAAUAAUCUUUUCUCCUGUUGCCCCCAAAGAAGAACACGUGAGGAGAGGACAGUUGGCUGAUGUUUGUCUAGACACUCCACUUUGCAAUGGGCACACAACUGGGAUGGAUGUACUCUGGGCUGGGACUCCAAUGGUCACUAUGCCAGGCAAGACUCUUGCAUCACGUGUUGCUGCCUCCCAGCUUACUUGCCUGGGUUGUCUGGAGCUCAUUGCAAAAAGUAGACAGGAAUAUGAAGAUAUUGCUGUGAAACUGGGAACUGAUCUGGAAUACCUGAAAAAAGUUCACGGCAAAGUCUGGAAGCAGAGAAUAUCCAGUCCUUUGUUUAACACGAAACAGUACACAAUGGACCUGGAGUGGCUUUAUCUUCAGAUGUGGGAUCACUAUGCUGCUGGCAACAAACCGGACCACAUGAUUAAGCCAGUAGAGGCCAGUGAGUCUGCAUGAAGAGACAGCAUGCCCACCUGGAAUUCUCCAGGAACUGAGCCUCUUAAAACACUUCUGUUGAGAUGAUGAGCUGAAACUGUGCAUUUCUACUUAAACUGCCUGGUACUCUGUGGCUGAAGUAAUACAUGACAGUGAUUAAAGCACAGCCAGACUUCUUUCUUGCAUGAUAGGGAAAGACUCAUUAAGAGCCUCAGAUCCUUUUAUUCCAUGAGGAGUUUGAAUGGGAUUGAGCUGUGUACAUGUGAGCCUGUGUGUAUGAAUGACAUAGUGGUUGCUGGGGGAAGUUUGAACUGCCCAACCAAAUAUUAUGACUUCAUGGACUGAUUUAAUCUUCCUACAAAUCUCUCUCCUUUUAUGUGGACUGGGAAUUGGAGCAUUUAAACAUUGCAUUUUGGGUAGUCCUUCUGGUAUAUGUGUGGUUAAUUAAUGUGGCUCCCUGCAUUAAAUCCUAAACUGUGUGGAUUGAAAGGGCAGA